UUCAUUUUUUCACGUUUUUAAUUUAAUAUACGUAGGAUCUUAGUCAGCACCAUAUUGGCGGGGCGAUAAACGUUAUAAAGCAGUUCAGGAGCAAAGUAUACAUAGUGUUUGCGUCGCUACGCUUAGAACAAGUUAAAAAGUGAAACAAAAUCCAGAUCGAAAGCAAAGUGAUUCGAACGGAUACAGUUCAUAUUUUGCCGUAUAUUGUUCGGAGAUUCAUGCCUUCAAAACUUCGAGAUCUAAUAUCAAUCGCAACGCGAGCUUGUUUCGGAAUUCGAGUACAGCAACGAUUGGGAGAUUGCUCCGAAAUUCCACUUGAUUUAAAUCAGUGUCAGUAUUCCUGUAUAUCGUGUCCGAUAUCAUAUCAUAUAUAGAUAUUACAUCAAUAUUAUGUCCGACGUUAUGCAGACGACAGAAGUGUCUCGGUCAAAAAAGACAGAGUUCUCGUCUAAUAAUACAAAUAAAUAUUGCGAGAAAAGACAAAUCAACAUGGAAGAUGCGUUGCCGGAGAAGAAAUUUCUAGAGAGGAACUCGCCGCUCACCGAUCUCUUUAAGAUCACGCAUAUUCGUACGGUUUAUAAUCUAUUCAUGGUGACUGUUAUAUUGUUUUUCCUCCACACUGCUGUAAAUGACAUCAUAGAGUCUGGAACUUUUUUACCAUAUAAUAUGAUAUUAAUAAUAGUACAAUAUAAAAAUCUUAUUGCCCGAAAACUAUGGGAUUACGGUUGGCUGACAAUCUUCAUAAUGUAUCAAGUCCUGUUUAUAAUUUUUCCUAAUAGAGCAAUAAACAGAGAGAAUCUAGGCCUAGCUUGCAAUUCAAUCAUACUUUUGGAACAAUUACGUCUGAUCAUGAAACAUCAUGCUUUCGUUAGGAGCGUGGCACCCAGAUUUUUGUCAUACAAACCCCAUAGCGAUAUUUCACCGCCGAGUGUACCUCGAUUUUCGCAAUACUUGUACUUCCUGUUCGCGCCGACUUUAAUAUAUCGCGAUGAAUAUCCAAGGACAAAAAAGAUCAGGUGGUGGUUCGUGAUUCAAAAUUUCGCCCAAGUCGGCCUAAUGAUCUUCUAUUUCGCCUUUAUCCUGGAGCAAUUUGUGACGCCGGUCUUUUAUACCUUUGGUACACAGCCUUUCGAACCAAUGUGGUUCGUCAAGAAUAUUAUCGACGCGAGCAUUCCCGGGGUCCUCGUUUUCAUCUCCGGGAACUAUCUUCUGCUGCACGCGUGGAUGAAUGCCUUAUAUAUAUAUAUGACUUCACAAAAUCAGGACGAGGCAGAAUAA